CUCUCCAAAGGAGGAGUUCUCCGUUUCCCCAGUGAGACCCUCCUCUACUGUACAUUAAACCACAAACUUCUGCUGCUCUGCUCUGUGAAGGCUCUAUCGCUUCAGCUGUUUACCUCUGAAAUCUGCAAAGGAAAAGUGUGCUGAUAACAUGGGGCUGAUCCUGUCAGGAUAUCUGCCAAGGAGGGAGGACCCUGCUGCACCCCUGUCUAUUGUCACCAUCGCUCUGUGUGUUUUUACCCUGGUUCUGAUGGCCAUCAGGGUAAAACAGAACCACAGAUGUUUCUUCCCCUACCGCCAUGACUACCAGCUGGAGAAAACAAAGUUCCCUCCCCCUCCGGGCCCCAAGCCCUGGCCCAUUGUGGGCAACCUGCUCCAGAUGGGUGACCAGAUGCAUCUCACUCUCACUUCCCUGGGACUACAGUAUGGUGAUGUUUUCAAGAUGCGUUUUGGCUCCUUAACAGUGGUCAUCCUUUGUGGAUACAAUACUAUCAGACAGGCACUGGUUCGUCAGGGGGAAGAUUUUGCUGGAAGACCUGAACUUUUCACUUUUUCCGCCGUAGCCGAUGGGACCAGCAUGACCUUCAGUGAAAAGUAUGGGCCUGCAUGGCUGCUCCAUAAGAAGCUGUGCAAAAAUGCCCUGAGAUCCUUCUCCCAAGCUGAACCGAGGGGAUCAGAGGCCACCUGCCUCCUGGAGGAGCAGGUGUGUGCUGAAGCUGCUGAGAUGGUGGCGGUGAUCCGGGAACAAGCUGCUAAGAGCCCUGAGCUGAGGGCUAUAGAUCCAGCAACGUCGUUAGUGACCUCUGUGGCAAACGUUGUGUGUGCCCUAUGUUUUGGGAGGAGGUAUGACCACAGUGACAAGGAGUUUCUCACCAUCGUCAACAUCAACAAUGAGGUUCUUAAGCUCUUUGCAGCCGGCAACCUUGCAGACUUCUUCCCAGUGUUUCGUCAUUUUCCCAGCCCUUCUCUAAGAAAAAUGGUCCAGUACAUUCAGAGAAUGAACGGAUUUAUGGAGCGAAGAAUCGAGGAACACAUCAGAACCUUCGAUAAGAACUGCAUCAGGGACAUCACCGAUGCUCUGAUUGCACUUUGUGAAGACAGAGAAGAGAAUAGGGAAACAUCUCUGCUUACUGACUCUCAGAUAAUCCACACCGUCAUAGACAUUUUUGCAGCAGGUUUUGACACCAUCAUUGCUGGGUUACAGUGGAGCUUGCUGUACCUUAUCAAGUUCCCCGACAUCCAGGACAGAAUACACCUGGAGAUAGAUGAACACAUUGGUUCAGCCAGACCUCCCCGGUUUUCAGAUAAGCCCAGCAUGGCCUUUACAGAAGCCUUCAUAUACGAGGUGUUUCGUCACUCUUCCUAUGUUCCUUUCACCAUUCCUCACUGCACCACCAGGGACACCAUCCUGAAUGGAUAUUUCAUCCCAAAGGACACAUGUGUCUUCAUUAACCAGUAUCAAGUCAAUCAUGAUGUGGAUCUUUGGGGGGACCCAGAGGAAUUUCGUCCACAACGCUUCCAGGGUCCAUCUGGACAGUUGAACAAGGAGCUGACAGAGAAAGUUUUUAUCUUCGGCCUUGGGAAGAGGCGCUGUCUCGGGGAUGGAUUUGCCCGUUUGGAGAUGUUUGUGUUUCUCACCAUGCUGCUCCAAUCUCUGCGGGUUGAAAAUGUUCCUGGACAAGAGCUGGAUCUCAGUACAGACUUUGGUCUGACCAUGAAACCACGUCCGUACAAGAUUACAGUCUCCCCCAGAUUUUAGACCCUCUGAACACAACUCCUCAGAAAAGUUGGAUCAUUCAUUACUGUUCACAUACUACUAGAAAAGAACACCAUCUGUAUUAAACAACACUGGAUGUUCAGGUCAAGCAGACUGAUUUGGUGUUCUUUGAAAAGGUUCCAGACCUUAUGUCCUACUAAAUGUUAAAAAUGUAGCUUCAAAACAGUCCCUCAUUAACAGUCUACACAUUGUUCACUUGUUAUUUACAGUUAAACACUGAGAGGUGAAGCAUUUUUCAGAGCAGUGAUUGGUGCUUUCAUUUUAGCCAAGAUUCAUCCCCCUUUCCUUUUUCCUUCCUCAGAUUUAAUCCUGUCAUCUAAGUCGUGCUUCUAUCUCGUCUUCCUUUAACAUGGCUCCUGGUCAUACGUUAAAUACUUUAUGCUCCCUUAUAGUUGCACUCUGUGAUUAAGCAUUUUUGACUUGGAUCUUUCUCUAAUCCCCCCCUUUCUUUUUGUUUCCCACAUUCUGAAAUGCUAACAAUCUCAGCCAACACCAGCAAUGUAAUGUGAAAUGAGGCAGCUUAUAAGAUAAACCUCCUAAAAUCUGUUGCCAGAGCUACAGACGAAUGGGGCAGAUAUAUCCUUAAAAGGAAAGUGUUGUGAUCCAAACUCUUGAUUUUUUUCCCCCUUUCCCUGCAGACUCCUCAGAGGAGAAAGCAUUUCCUCAGCACAUACCUCCGUCAGCCACUGGGUUGUUUCACGCGUAGUGAUAAUCAUGAACCACAUUUAUAUUCCCCUGCUUGUUUACACCAUCUCAGCACUUUCUAGGUCAAUGCUCUGAUUCCCACCACACUAACUUACAUAAACUAAUUAUUAAUCAAUGAAUGUUUAUUUGCCCAUCACUUGUGCAUUUUUAUAAUGAUAGCAUUUAUUCUGGUUGGUACACUGAAAAAACUAACUGAAAAUAAGUACAAAUUUCUUAAAUGAAGUAUAUUUACCCUCAUUUUGAGUAGAUAAAAAUGUUUUGCCAAUGGAAUGAGAUAUUUUCUCUUAAGAUAGCAUAAUUAGAAAAUAUGCGCUUGAAAUAAGUCAAUGCAGUUGUCUUUUGUUGUUGUUCCAUUGGCAAAGUGUCUCACUAACCUCUUCAAGAAAAUGCACUUAUUUUAAGAAAG